GCAGAGAGACUGAGGCAAGAGAGAGAAAAACACUUCCAGAAAGAAGAGGCCGAACGCCUGGAGAGAAAAAAGCGUCUGGAGGAGAUCAUGAAGAGAACGAGACGUUCAGACACAGCAGAGAAGAAAGUUGUUCCUAACAGGAAUGGAGACAAUGCAGCUGCUCCUAGUCCAUCUGCAGUGACUGUAUCACCGCAACACAAUAGCAAUGGCAAGGGUCACCAAUCUGACCCAAACCCCAGCCCCACCACACUGAGCCAUCCCGACCAGAGGGAGAACGGCGAGUUUGAAGAGGUGAUUGUUCUGCCUUCAGAGUCCAGGUUGUCUCCUCCUGAGGGAGAGGAGCAGCAGCAGCAGCAGGAGGAGGAGAGAGUUCCUGUAGUAGCCUUCAGAGAGAACGGACUCCUAAAACCUCUCAGUGGAAUAGAGGACAUAUCAGCCCAGCAGGGACCAGAUGUUGCCUGACGCCCUGUUAGUCCAAGAUGAUUCCACGCCCAGAGAGACAGGAAGUAAGACGGUCAGAGAGAGGUAACACAGAGCUGCUGGACCGAAUCGAAGGAAGAACUCGCAGCAUCACAGCCAAGACCCUUCAAGGGGUUUUUCUUUCUCACCCUCCCUACCCCAGUGACAGAAGAGCUCUGCAGCCAUUUCCCAAAGAUGGUCUCUCCAAAGAUCUCCCUAAAGCAUCUCCAGAGAGAGGUUACACGUCCCUCAACAAACUCUCCGGGAAUAGAUCCACCUCUCUGUGUCUGACUAUGAUUACACUCGGUCAUAAUGUUCUGUGUACAGCCCCAAACUACCCCUCGUUCUGAAGCGAAUGUCCUGAAAUCAUAGGAGGGCACUGAAAGCCUAAUCCAACUUGUGACUCUCUUCUAAUAUGUGUGUGUGUGUUUGCGUGUGUGUGUGAGAGAGAAUGACAAACUGAGAUCAGCUGUAAGGUCCUCAGCCAUGAUACUUGAAGAGUUUUUUUGUUGUUGCUGUAGAAUACACUGUAAUCAGACUGACAGAAUCAGUGACUUGUGUGACUGGAGCUCACCACAAAAGGCUCAGAAUUACAAGGUUUCAUUAACGCUCUCUUUAACUGGAACCUCAUAAUCCUCAUGUUUUAACAUUUCUGUCGAAAUGGUGCAGAAGAGAUGGGAUGUAGGAGUGAUAUCAGUGCAUGAAGUUGUAUUAAGACUACCGAAAAGUCUCAUGUCAUGUAAUAUAUUAUUUGCUGUGUCCACAGUGUUUAAGACUAGAGGUUAUUAUUGGGAUGAGGCAGGGGCGUUGGAGCAUCAUGGAGUUUAAGUUAAAUAAUGAGAAAAUGAAAAUAAUAUUCCUUUCAGACAACUGAGAAUUAGGGUGUAAACUACUGAUUUUUUGUUUAGUUUUAUUUCAUUGCUGUACAGAUAAAAUGUGAUUCUUUGUUUCGUCCUCAUCCUGUCUUUGCUUUCUGUUGAAAUUGAGAAAAAAAGAAUUUGCUUUGACGUUAAGUCCUGCCCUUUCCUUUCACUCGUUUACCCCAUCAAUGCUGCAUCCUGUCCCGCUGACUAACUCGAUGAUCAGUGUCGGAGGCCUACGCUGUAGCUUAGCCGCCUUUUGUUGGAGGUUGACUUUUGUUUUGGCCAAAGUACAAAAUGGAUUCAAUUAAUUUACCGGUUGUGAUGUUAAUUCUGAAAUAAUUCAUUUGAUCUUUUUUGAUGAAGGAUUUAAGAAGAAAUGCUGCUAAUUUUAAUGUUCCUUUGCCUUACUGCAUUGAAGAAAGAAUGAGGUGACUUGUCCGUACUCAUUCUCACUGAAAUGAAGAUUAUACAUUCCCAGUAUGAGCUCUGGCAUUCUGACCACAUGCCCGAUUCCUCCAGUGGCUUCCUUUUCUUGGUUUAUGUUAAAAGUAUGAAAGAUUAUGAAUCGUCUGUCCAUUAUGUCAUCAUAUAUGAGCUAUAAUGUCAAACAAUUGGUCCUUCACACAGCUUUUCAUGACAGAAAGACAAAACAGGGAUUCAAGUAGAACACUGGAACUGACGUUAAACUUCUGUUAUGUUUCAUCUUUUUCACUAAACUCUUAAUAAUGCUACUCUCUUAGCAUUUGGUUCUUUGUACUUAGUUUACUUUUUGUUGUUCUCGCCGUACCACCAAAAUAGACGAAAACUUAGAGAUCACCCAUGUCUUUGGUUUGUAGUGCUGGUCUCUGCCAGUAGUACAUAGCAUACUGUUAAAGAUGGAAACUUGACUUGGCUUGCGAAUGAACUGUUUUGACAGAAGCGAAAUCACUUGUAAAUUAGAUUAAAUAUUAUGUUUAAACAUCGCUCUAUUUUACUAAGACAUGGUUUUGAAAACUUACAGUCCUUUACUUAAGAAAAGGGGCUGUGGGGUGAGAUCUUUGAACCACUGUUAAACUGAAAUCACUGUACAACUGUUACAGCUGUACUGUUUGGCAAGUAAAUAAAACUUUUUGAAUUGAUUACC